CCUUUUAAAGACAAAGCUUACUUAAGACAAGCCUCAUUUCAUGGAUGAAAUGAAGUUAGGAUCACUUUAUCCACAGAAAAGACAUCCCAGUAGACCAGCAGAUGGAAGAUUAAGUGCAGUGUUGAUCGAAGGGUUUAAGCAAACUGCAUUGAAUCAUGGGGUAAUUGUGUUGCGCAAUUGAGAUCAGAACAGAGCAGUGAAGUACAACUCAGUCAACCCAUCCUGGCCGUUCGGAGCAAAAGGGGCUGUAAUUAUCCGGAGCCAGUCAUCUCAGGAGGUCGGCUGGGAUUUGGGGAAUGUGUCCCCCUCCUCCACAUCUCUGGUCUUUUCACCCUUCAACCCCGUCGUUCUCCCUGAGCAAAAGGGCAUUUCUUCAGCUGGAGGAUCACGCUGACCCACCAGUGUGUAUAAGACCGGGCGUUCAAUGUGAUUGCUCCCUCCCCCGGGCUGCAAGAGUAGUAGGAGGUUAACGUGACUGUGAGAGCUGUACUUUAAAACAGCACGGCGGGCUGAGCUCACUCAGACACACUCACAGCAGAGAAACCAUACUGAAACAUAAGGUCACUCUUGUCAAUCCCUUUGGAUUUCUAUAUGGAUCUGUAAACAAAUUCAAGAGGGGCAUAUCAGAAACAGAAUUCAAUUUGGUGUAGGACUGUAAAGCAAGGUACCUGGACUCACUUUGGAGAUGGACGCAGGCCCGUUGGCAUCAGUGUCCGAGGGCUCUCCGGAAGGGGAGACAGUUUGUGCCGCUUUGGCCCGCUAUGAAACCACUUUGCGGGAUGCCGUGCGUGAGAUCCACGUGGAUGUCAGUGCUUUUAAACUGGGCAUCGAGAGGAGACUAGAAGAGGCCAUUAAUGUGAGCGGACCUCUGGGCCGGGCAGUGGCACAGCUGCAGCAGGAGAACCGGCAGCUCAGGGGUCAGUUAGAGGCCUUGACCCGACAGGUGGAGAUGCUGACGGGGUCGGUUUGUGACAGAAGCGCACUUCUGACUGAAGGAGCGGCGCCAACACAGAGCAACAGCAGCACCGCAGGGCAUCAGUCUCCACCGUCUGCGGCCCCCAGCGUAGCAGCUCUGACUGGAUCUGCCAGCGGGACGGCCUCCAGCCCCACCGCCACACGCUUCUCCAGCAGAGCCACUUUUUCUGUCACCACCAAAACUAACAGCGUUGAGCGAGAUGAACCCAUUGAAGUGGAUCCAGCACCAGUUUCUCAAGGCUUGGAGAAUGGACACUUAUCCUCAACAGAAAACUCCAAUAUGCCUUUGAGGAGAAGCUCACCACCCAACGGUGUGUCACAGGAGCACUCAGCCCCCAUUUCCAUGGCAAUGCCACACCUGCCAAUCACAGCAACCACCAAAGUGGCUGAUUCAGCAGUUAUGAAAAGUCCUGAAUCACCCGGUAGCCCAAUGCAAGCUAUGCCUUCAGCCAUAACAGAUUCACUGACAAACAACACUCAGCCAGUCACCAGUGAUAACCAGCCACAACUAGAGUCUCCUGUUCAUGCAGUAUCGUCUGUGAAAACAUGGGCUCCGACUCCUGCCAGGACUAUGGGUUCUCCACGGCUUAGUGAGAAAGCAUCUUCAGCUCCAGCCAAGUCAGUGACUUACUCUGGGCUUUUCCCACACAGCACAGACAGGAAUGUGGAUAUGUCAGGAGAUUUAUCCUUUGGUAGAGGUAUUGAGCGCAGACGAGAGCUUGUGAGGUCUCAGACUUUACCUCGAAACAUUGGAGCCCAGGCUCGCCGGUCUAUUUUUGAGAGGCUGGACUCUGAAAACAACAGUCGACCCAAGCCUGUCGAUUCCAAACCGAAGCUGAAACGCUCUCAGAGCUUUGGAGUAUCCAGUGCUAGCAGUAUCAAGCAGAUUCUUCUGGAAUGGUGUCGAUCCAAGACCAUUGGGUACCAGAACAUCGACAUUCAAAACUUCUCAUCCAGCUGGAGUGACGGCAUGGCAUUCUGCGCCCUGGUCCACUCUUUCUUCCCCACAGAGUUUGACUACAACGUCUUGUCCCCUGCCGACCGCAAACAUAACUUCGAGCUGGCAUUCAGCACUGCAGAGAAGAAAGCUGGCUGCGAUAGGCUCAUUGAAGUGGAGGACAUGAUGGUGAUGGGCAGAAAGCCAGACCCCAUGUGUGUCUUUACUUACGUGCAGUCGCUAUAUAACCACUUGCGCAAGUUUGAGUGAGAUCUCGGCCUGGUCAGCCUCAGCUGAACACUCUGCACUGCUCUCUGCUGGACAAAACUGAACUCUGAUAUAGUCGCCACGGUUUGGGCUCGCAAAAUGUUCACAGGAACCCACACCAUUUCAAGCAUGACGCUUCUACGGUUGCAUUUUAUUCAAGAAAAGGUCAUCGACUAUUUAUAUAGUCCUUUGAGACAUGGCUUUUGUGUACGGCACGCUCUUUUUUUUUUUUUUUUUUUUUUUUUUAGAAAUGGUGGCCUUUGUAUUCUAACUAAACAGCUUGGAGUUCAAGGAAUAGUUUACACAAAAAUGAACAUUUUCUUUAAGGGAUAGUUCACCCAAAAAUGAAAAUUCUGUCAUUAAUUACUCACUCUCGUGUCGUUUUCAAACAUCUAAGUCCUUCGGAACACAAAUUAAGAUAUUUUUGAUGAAAUAUUUUCAAAGACGGAUACGGAAGAGUAGAAAUUGUUGAAUAAAGUCGUUGUUUUUUGUUUUCUUUAUACACAAAAAGUAUUCUUGUAGCUUCAUAACAUUGCAUUUGAUCUCAGAUGAACUAUCUUUUUGGGCCUUGAAAUUGUCAGUUUAGGAAGCUUGUGUCAGACAGCUCUCGGAUUUCAUCAAAAAUAUAUUAAUUUGUGAUCCAAAGAUGAACAAAAGUAUUACGAGUUUGAAACGACAUGAGGGUGAGUAAUUAAUGACAGAAUUUUCAUUUUUGGGUGAACUAUCCCUUUUAAACAUACUUAUACUAAGGCCAUCAAAGAUGUAGACGAGUUUGUUUCUUUAUCGGAACAGAUUUGGUGAAAUUUUACUUCAUUUGCUUACCAAUGGAUCCCUUGGAGUGAAUGGGUGCCGUCAGAAUGAGAGUCCAAACUGCUGAUAAAAACAUCACAGUAAUUCACACAACUCCAGUGCAUCAAUUUGUGAAGGGAAAAACUGCAGUUUGAACUCUCAUUCUGACGGCACCCAUUCACUUCACAGGAUUCAUUGGUGAGCCAGUGAUGUAAUGCUGAAAUUUCUCCAAAUCUGCUUUGAUGAAAAAAUCAUGUUGGAUGGUCAGAGGGUUGGUAAAUUUUCAUUUUUGGCUAAACUAUUAUUUUAAGAUCAGUGAAUUAUGGAGCCAAUUUAUAGACUGCAAAGAUAGAGAAAUGAAAAUCUGUUAGCAGAUUUCAUAUUUACUAAUGAAAGAAUUAGAAAUGUACAGGAAAUAAGGUACAAUAUAUCUUUUGUUCUCAGAUAGACUGGCACAUUUUUUUAUAACUGUUGUCUUUUUUCUAAUUUUCAGUGGCAUAAGAGCAACGUUUCAUACGCCACCAUAUGAGCUGCACGUUUCUGUUUGUCUUUCAUACUGUGUUUCUAUAGCUUCCCCAAAGCUCAGAUACACAGGUUGCAUGUGUAGGAUGUACAGUACACAACAUACAGUAAGCACUGGAUCUGCGUUAUAACCGGAAAAUGCUGUAAACCUGGUUAAACAAAGCUGGACUCUCCAUAGCGAGCAUCACCAGGGAGUGUGAUUUAAUAAUUUUUUUUUUUCUUUUAAAUAGUUUU